CUGCGAAAACGUAAACAAUGAUUGUGACAAAAUUAACAAAAAACAACAACAGAACAGCUCGGAAGGACAGCAGACCAAAUUUUCGAAAAACUUAUUAAUAAAAUGGAUUUAGUGCCAGAAAACUCCUCCAGUGCAAACAAGAGAACAACAGCAGGCGGCAGGGUGAAAUGGAGUGCCGCGCUUGAGAGCCUGCUGAUUGACAUAUGGAAGGAGAAAAUUGAAGAUUUGCGCGGACCACGCAAAAAUUCACAUGUGUAAAUUAAGUUGUCCGUAUGUCCAAGUAGCCUUAGCUGCUUGAUGCGGUGGUCCUCGUGCGGGUUCCGUGGUAUAGAAUCCUUUAUGAAGAUUAUGUUGGAGAGAUAACUGUCUCUCUUAUCACUGGCCUUGUGGUACAGUGGUAUAGAAUUAAUAAUUCAAAGUGUUUACGGCUGGUUGCCGGAGCAAGGUUUAUUAACAAGCGUUAGCUUUCGUUAUAAGAACAGAACUAAAACUCUGAGCCACCAGCAAGCUGGGACAUAAGCUGAAUCAAAAUUAUUUAAUUGCCAAAGAAUGCAAAGCUACAAAAUAUAUGUACUUAGAGCUACAAAGCUACAGUCGGUAAGCCGACUUGGCAUAAGCGAUAAUGCUGAUCUUGCGGCAUGUGCAAGAUAUCAGAUUACCGCCGGUUGACCGUCACAUUCAGGGCGCUGAACUGAAGUUCGCUGAUUUGGCAUCUUGAGUGCAAACAACAUGGAGCAGAGCACAUUGGACAACGACAAUCCUGAUGAGUACUUUUCGGAUAUUAUUGAGAUGGACCUGGACGGAUCUUGUAGCUCCAGCACCUUGUCUGGGCGUCCGCCAAAGAAAAAGAAAAAUACCGACAUUUCGUGGCUGGCAGAGAUCGCCCAGGAGCGUCUCGAACAACAAAAGGACCACCACAGAAAGAAGGAGGAGCACGACGUUAGGCAGGAGAAGAUGGUGCAGGACUUGAUCAGCACCCAAACAAAAUUCCAGAACGACUUAUUAGAAGUUUUAAAAAAUAAAAAUAAAUAAGUUUUUAAUUUUCA